CAUAGCAGAAGCAGUAGUCGUAACAGUAGUAGUAGUAGAAGUAACAGCAGUAGUAGUAGUAGUAGCAGUAGUAGUCAUAUCAGUAGUCAUAGCAGUAGUAGUAGCGGUAACAGUAGCAGUAGUAAUCAUAGCGGUAGCAGUAGUCGUAGCAGUAGCUGUAGUAGAGGUAUCAGUAGUAGCAGUAACAGUAGCAGUAGUACUCGUAGCAGUAAUAGUAGUAGCAGUAGCUGUAACAGUAGCAGUAGUAGUAGCAGUAGCAGUAGUAGUCGUAGCUGUAGUAGGAGUAGUAGUAGAAGUAGCAGUAGUAACAGUUGUAGUAGCAGUAGCAGUAGUAGCAGUAGCAGCAGUGGUCAUAGCAGUAGCAGUAGUCGUAGCAGUAGUAGAAGUAACAGUAGUAGCAGUAGCAGUAGCAGUAGUAGUAAUAACAGUAGUAGCAGUAGCAGUAGCAGACACAGUAGAAGUAGCAGUAGUAGUAGCAGAAGCAGUAGUAGUCAUAGCAGUAGCAGUAGUCAUAGCAGUAGUCGUAGCAGUAGCGGUAGUCGUAGCAGUAGCGGAAGUAGUAACAGUAGUAGUAGCAGCAGUAACAGUAGUAGAUGA